CCACCACAGUCAGUGUGCUCGAGACGUAGCCGCCGCGAGGACACCUCCUGCUCCUCGGUGUCUCUGCCGGACUUUCAUCUUUAUUAUUAUUUAAAAACAGGGAAGUCACAGGUUUAUUCGUGGAUGUCGACACUCAGGUUAGAAGUUAGACGCGCAGAUAAACUGCUCUAAUUAUCUGUAGUGUUUUUUUUUUGUUGUUGUUGUUUUUUACCGGCACAGGUUUAAUGUGUUUUAUGUGUUUGCGCUCAACAGUCAGGUAGACUUGUAUUCAGCCUUUUUUUUUUUUUUAAAUAAAAAAAUUCCCCGGAGUGUCGGAGUGGGAUUGAUCCCGUGGAUGCGGGUGUCGGGGUCGGUGUGUGAGCCCCGCAGGAUCAGCCUGUCAUAGGGCAGCAUCAUGGUUUAUUACCCGGCUCCUCUCAAGUGGAUGAGGACUGUUUCAGUGGAGAUGCUGCUGCCGCUGCUGCUGCUGCAGAUACUGUGGCUUUUACCUGUGACUGGAGCGGCUCCUUCCCCUCAGACGACAGAGCAGCUGGACACAGGAGUGGACUGGCUGAGCCGGUUCGGCUACCUCCCGCCCCCUGACCAAGUCACUGGUCAGCUCCAGACCAAGGAAGCCCUGACCAAGGCCAUCAAAGCCAUGCAGAGGUUUGGAGGCCUGAAGGAGACCGGAGUCUUAGACAAAGCAACGCUGGGACUAAUGCAAACACCCAGAUGUUCUCUGCCAGAUGUGUCUGAGGCUGAGGUGACAGUGGGCCGCAGGAAACGCAGCGUGAGCGCUCAGAACAAAUGGAACAAGAGGCAUCUGUCCUGGAGAGUGAGAACCUUCCCUAAGGAUUCAGCCUUGCUGGGCAGGGACACCGUCCGGGCCCUCAUGUACUACGCCUUGAAGGUCUGGAGCGACAUCGCGCCCCUCAACUUCCACGAGGUGGCCGGCAGCGAUGCGGACAUUCAGAUCGACUUCACCAAGGCCGACCACGAUGACGGAUACCCCUUCGAUGGGCCCGGCGGCACCGUGGCGCACGCGUUCUUUCCCGGCGAGAGGUUCACAGCCGGAGACACACACUUUGAUGACGACGAGGCGUGGACCUUCAGAUCACCAGACUCCCACGGGAUGGACCUGUUUGCGGUUGCAGUCCACGAGUUCGGUCACGCCAUCGGCCUGGUCCACACUUCGGCUAUAGAGUCCAUCAUGAGGCCGUACUACCAGGGUCCGGUAGGAGACCCUCUGAAGUACGACCUGCCCUAUGAAGACAAGGUCCGCGUGUGGCAGCUCUAUGGUGUCAGAGACACGGUGUCGCACACCAAUCGACCGGCGAACCCGUCGCAGACCGCCGAGCCUCCAGUCCUGCUGGACCUUCCUGAGAACAGGUCGACCCUCAUGUUGGCACAGGACACGCCAGACAGAUGCACCAGUCACUUUGAUGCCGUGGCACAAAUACGAGGGGAGGCGUUCUUCUUCAAAGGGAAGUACUUUUGGCGACUCACUCGAGAGAAGCACUUGGUGUCUCUCCGUCCGGCUCAGAUCCACCGUUUCUGGAGAGGCCUUCCACCCAAUCUGGACAGCGUGGACGCGGUGUAUGAGCGACCGGGAGACCACAAAAUCGUGUUUUUUAAAGGUCUCAAGUACUGGGUUUUUAAAGACAACAUCGUGGAAGAGGGCUACCCCCGUCCAAUCAGUGACUUUGGUCUGCCCUUGGAAGACAUAGACGCAGCUUUCGUUUGGCUGCACAACGACAAAACCUACUUCUUCAAGGACAACAGCUACUGGCGCUACGACGACCACCUGCGACACAUGGACCUGGGCUACCCCAAGGACAGCUCGCUUUGGAAAGGGCUGCCACCUCAGCUGGACGACGCCAUGAGGUGGUCGGAUGGCUCGUCCUAUUUCUUCAAGGGGAAGGAGUACUGGCAAGUGCCGGGCAGUGGCAUGGAGGUGGAGGCAGGAUACCCCCGCCUCAUCGCUAAGGACUGGCUCCUGUGCGCCGAGAUGCAGUCAGACUCUCCCGACGUAGAGCCCAAAAACACGGACACGAGAGUCAACGUGCACCAUCACCCGGACCACGCGGAGAACGGCUUUGAGGUGUGCUCCUGCACCUCUGACUCCGCCUCUCCCUUGGGCGCCCGCCCCUCGCCGUCUCCCGCGUGGCUGCUGCCGCCGCUCUGGACGCUCUCGCUGGCCCUCCACUCUGAACUGCUAUGAUACCAAAGCAUGGGACGGAGAUGUCAUGCGGAGGGCCAGUGGUUACUUAAUACAAACUUUCAAAUUUUGUUCAUAUAAAUAUCAGUUGGUAUGUUUUUUGCUGUUAUUUAUUUCACAUGUCAUCGAAAAGCACCUUGCAGUGUGGGUAGUGCAUACAGUUGUCAUGUCAUUUACUCGGGUAUCCCCGGCGGACGUCAGUACAUUAAAGGUCCAAUAUGUAAGAAUUAGUGAGAGCUCAUGGUGAGACUGCAGACAGGACGCUCACGCCUCCCUUUCACAAACACGUCAGGGAAACUACGGUGGCCUUCACAUACCAGAAAGGAUGGGGCCCUUGCCUAAAGUACAUAUAAAAGGCUUUUUUCUACAGCAACAAAAACUAAAUUAUUUUUAUUUUAAAGCAGUCGUACACUUAUAUAACAUACAUAUGGGUAGAAUAUUACAUUGCUGCCAAGAAUUCUUACACACUGGACUUUUAAUACAUUAGAAAUGGAAUGUUGAAUGACUCAACUGUCAAAAGAGAAAGGAAAAGAAAGCUAAUGUGCACUUUCAAUACAACAGUGUUCUUAUAGCACCAUGUACAACUAAUGGCAUUGUGGGAUGUAAGCGGAUAGACAUUGGUUCAGGGUAUAUUUUGUAUUUUAAAGGAAUAGUUCUGUCUUGCUGGGAGUGUGCUGAAUGGUCAAAUUUUUGCAGGUGUGGUAGUCUGGAUACAGAUUAUAUAUAUUUUGUUUUUGUUUGAAAACACACAUUUCAAAUGACGAAUGAAAACAUAGUAUGGAUGUAGUUUUAGGCCCAGGUCAUACUUUCCGAAUCUCCACUUUCACCAUCCACCUAUUUAUGCAAGGCCUAUUUUUGACAGACAAACAUCAACAACACCUCCCAAUUUGAUUCCAUGCCGACUUGUUUGGUACGUUUGCUCUCUGUAGUCCUGUCUUCUUCGUUGUCACGCACUUGUUUUGGUCAAACUCAUUGACGAUGCUCAAAGACAUACAAAAGGGGGGGGAACUCACUUGAUUGGCAGUGGAAUUUGACACGAGACUGACGCAGACCCUUAUUUAAUAUGAACUACGUCGAUACCUGGAGGUGUGCUUCCCUCCCAGAUCCGCUUGUCCAGAACCCCCACCACCAAAGCUCAGCGUCCUUGGCGUUAGCGCUCUCAGGGCCGAUGGACUCGACAGUGUCGCCUCCACCCCGGGGUACAUACCCCACACCACCUUUUUUCUCAGAAUAUUCCGACUUUUUUCUCGUAAAAUUUAGAGUCGCUCGAGAACAAUUUUGACUUUUUCUCGUAAUAUUGCGACUUUUCUCGUAAUAUUGCGACUUUUCUCCUAAUAUUGCAACUUUUCUCCUAAUAUUGCGACUUUUCUCCUAAUAUUAUGACUUUUUUUCUCGUAAAAUUACAACUUUUUUUAAUAUUACGACUUUAUUCUCAUAAUGUUAUGAUCUGCUUCCACACUCGGAACCUUUAACCCUACCGUACACCAACCGGGUACCCAACUCUGAAUUAAAUCGCAGAGAGAGAUUGCAUUGUGUACACAGAGAGGAGAAGAACAUGUGACUUGUCGACUCCUCACACGACUUGGUGACUUGACAAAUUGGCUUUUCUAUUAAUGCCCUAAUACUUAGAGAACGUGGAACAAGGAAAGUAAGACCUGGCCCUUGUUGUGUCGCAAAGCUAACCAGAUCCUGGACUUAUUUCAUAUAACUUUCAGCAAGAAUAUCUAUAAGCUUAUUUCUUACCAUGUCACACUAUUGCUUUAAAUAGCACCUGGCAAGCAGGGACUGUCUGCUCCGUAACUCACUGCCUCCCAGCAUUCAGCAGUGUCACUGGUUACAGAACAAGGGUAUGACUGUGGAUUGGGGUUUGGGUCCAUCAGUCAGAAACCAGUCUGACAGGAGGAGCUGCCUGUAAGACUUGAACCGGGCCAAAGAGUGAUAUUCCCGAAAUAUAGAUACUGUAGUUGGACAGGUUAUUGACACCCGGGCAUGUAUCAAGGCAGACAGGUGAAAAGCACCCUGGGAAGCGGUGAAGCCUAUAUAGAUAUUUGGGUUAACAGAUGAAUGGGCCCCCAUAGGGGGUGGAGACAGAGACGUAUGAACGUCUUGCUGGGAUGCCGACAGGUAGAUGAAUGGCGACCACUGCUGCAAACAGAUGGACGGGUAAAUACCAUCCAGUAACGGCUACAUGGAGGAGAAGAGGGGCAUGCUGGGAUGUGGGAAGUGAGACAAAUGAAUGAUCCCCUGUUCAACACAGGUUCCCAGACUUUCUUAAUGUUACUCAGUGUUAUUAUCCUGGCUUUAAUUCAUGAAUUUGUUCUCCUGCUUUUUUUCUCCCCCCUUUUUUCAGGACCUGUGACUGACCUCCAUGAGUUCUUGAUUUUCACUCCUGGUACAGAAACAUUCGACACGAUUAUCAGAAAACUACGACGGAGUAUUAGGGCCAAACUUGAGAAAACAUUUUUCCUUUGAGAAUAAAGUUGUGAUAUUGUGAGAAUAAAGUCGUACUUAUUAUUCAAGCAAAAUCUCAGAUGAUCAGCUGCGUCCAAAUGGGGAACGUGGAAAUUCCGACUUUAUUUUCGUAAUAUUCUGACUUUUUUCUGACAUUUUUAAAAUCACGACUUUAUUCUUGUAAUAUUUCGACUUUUUUCUCGUAAUAUUAUGACUUUUUCAUAUUACGACUUUAAUCUCGUAAUAUUAUGAUUUUUUUAAUAUUACGACUUUUUUCUUGCAAUAUUAAGACUUUUUUUAAUAUUACAACUUUAUUCUUGUAAAAUUCCGACUUUAUUCCUGUAAUAUUAUUACUUCUUUAAUAUUACAACUUUAUUCUCGUAAAAUUUCGACUUUUUACUCGUAAAAUUCCCACUUUAUUCUCGGAGAAAUUAUGACUUCUUUAAUAUAACGACUUUACUCUCAUAAUAUUACGACUUUAUUCUGGAAAGAUUCCAUUUUUUCUCUCUUCAGUUUGGCCCUAUCACUCUGCCGUAGAAAGCAGAGUUGGUUUGUUGUAAUUUUUUUUGUAAUAAGUACAGAUCAUCAGAUUAUAGCAUUUUCUUCAUGGAUCCCCGCUUCCCCCUGGUGCGAUGGCCUUCACAGGUGUCACGGGGAAGAGCGACCAGAUUUACAGUAUUCUUGCAAAUAUAUUUACCUACAGUUUAAAUAUAGACACAGAUAUAUUUGAGUUGAGAUGUUCCGUGGUUUCCCGCAAAAAAAACCAAGUGGACUGUGCAUAUUUCGAGCCGUGGUUUUUUUAAUGUAAAAUAUUUUUCUAGAAAAAAUAAAAGAAUCUGGAUGACUGUCGGUUAA